CACAGUUCCGCACACACAGACAACAUGGCGACUGUUCGUGUUGUGUCUCGUCUGCUCUCUAAGAGGGUGUUAUUCAGAACAAAAACAGUCCCUGCUGCUGCAGUUCAUGGUUCCAGAAACUUUCACUUCUCCAUUUAUGGCAAGAAGAAAAGCGCCAAAGUAUCAGAUGAUAUCUCCACUCAGUAUCCAGUAGUAGAUCAUGAGUUUGAUGCCGUGGUUGUUGGAGCUGGAGGAGCAGGACUUCGGGCUGCUUUCGGCCUGUCGGAGGCUGGUUUCAACACUGCAUGUGUCACCAAGCUCUUCCCCACCAGGUCACAUACUGUCGCUGCACAGGGCGGGAUCAAUGCAGCUCUGGGUAACAUGGAGGAAGAUGACUGGCGGUGGCAUUUCUAUGACACAGUGAAGGGUUCUGAUUGGCUCGGAGACCAAGAUGCUAUCCACUACAUGACAGAGCAGGCUCCUGCAGCCGUAGUGGAGCUGGAGAACUUUGGCAUGCCGUUCAGCCGUACUGAAGAUGGGAAGAUCUACCAAAGAGCAUUUGGAGGUCAGAGUCUUAAGUAUGGAAAGGGAGGCCAGGCUCAUCGCUGUUGCUGUGUGGCAGACAGGACAGGACACUCACUGCUGCAUACGCUCUACGGAAGGUCACUUCGUUACGACACCAGCUACUUUGUGGAGUACUUUGCUCUGGAUUUGUUGAUGGAAGAUGGAGUGUGUAAAGGAGUGAUUUGUCUCUGCAUGGAGGAUGGCUCUAUUCACCGCAUCAGAGCCCAGAACACUGUCAUUGCCACAGGAGGUUAUGGAAGAACCUAUUUCAGCUGCACAUCUGCCCACACAAGCACAGGAGACGGGACAGCCAUGGUGACCAGAGCUGGCCUGCCCUGCCAGGAUUUGGAGUUUGUCCAGUUUCACCCCACUGGGAUCUAUGGAGCUGGCUGCCUCAUCACAGAGGGCUGUCGUGGUGAGGGAGGAAUCCUGAUCAACAGUGAGGGGGAGCGCUUUAUGGAGCGUUACGCACCCAACGCCAAAGACCUGGCUUCUAGAGACGUGGUGUCCCGCUCCAUGACCAUAGAGAUCAGAGAGGGGAGGGGUGUCGGCCCAGAGAAGGACCACGUGUACCUGCAGCUCCACCAUCUGCCCCCCCAGCAGCUGGCCUCGAGGCUGCCUGGGAUCUCAGAGACCGCCAUGAUCUUUGCUGGAGUCGACGUCACCAAAGAGCCCAUCCCCGUCCUGCCAACAGUUCACUACAACAUGGGAGGAAUACCCACAAACUACAAGGGGCAGGUGAUUGAUUAUACCAAUGGCAAGGACAUGGUGGUACCCGGCCUGUACGCCUGCGGCGAGGCAGCUUCUGCCAGCGUUCAUGGUGCCAACAGGUUGGGUGCCAACUCCCUGCUGGACCUGGUGGUGUUCGGGAGAGCCUGCGCCCUCACCAUUACUGACCUGCACAAGCCUGGAGAGAAAAUGUCCCCUCUGAAGCACAGUGCUGGAGAGGAGUCUGUGGCCAACCUGGAUAAGCUGAGGUUUGCAAAUGGGAGUCUGAGAACCUCUGAGAUCAGACUCAACAUGCAGAAGACCAUGCAAAGCCAUGCUGCUGUGUUCCGUACUGGUUCUGUUCUCAAAGAGGGAUGUAAUAAGAUGGAUGACGUUUACCAGAGCAUGGAGAAUAUCAAGACCUUUGACAGAGGUAUUGUCUGGAACACAGACUUAGUGGAAUCAUUGGAGCUGCAGAACCUGAUGCUGAAUGCCGUCCAAACCAUCAACGCAGCCGAACAAAGAAAGGAGAGCCGGGGUGCCCACGCUAGAGAGGACUUCAAAGAUCGUGUGGACGAGUACGACUUCUCCAAGCCACUGGAGGGUCAGCAGAAGAAGCCCUUCGAUCAGCACUGGAGGAAACACACUCUGUCGUACGUCGACCCCAAAACUGGAAAGGUGACGCUGAAGUACCGUCCCGUUAUCGACAGCUCUCUGGAUGAGCAGGACUGCGCCCACGUUCCUCCAGCCAUUCGCUCCUACUAAAAUCAUCUCCACUUUACUCACAAAGAAAUCAAUCAUUUAACUGUUAUUUACGUAAACAAUAAUUACAGGUUUGAAACAAGGAACGGUUUAUGUUGCACAUUUUUACCCACUAAAGGAUGCUAAAUACAAUACAAUCCUGCGAUGUCCGCCUUUUGUUCCAGGUGUGUUUUACUUUAGCUGCCCACAAUAGUAGCUGUGGACUUGAACACUUCAGUAAACUGCUCAAGAUAAGACUUAAACAUAACGAAAAAAAAAAGGAACAAGGGUCUCGAUCAUGCUUGGCCUUUUGUGUUGGUGCUACACUCGCAUCUCUCAGACUCAUUGUACAAACUGCUGCAGCUUCUCCCUGCAGCUGAGUGAAGACUCCGAGUGUUUUUACUAAGCAUGUGUCGCAGACUGAAGGGAGGUUUAAGGUAUGUAAAUAUUUUAGACAUACAGUAAAUCUGAUAAGUUGUACUGUGUGUGGUUGUUUAAAGCACCUCCCACUCACUGCGGGCUCGAAUCGAUAGUAUUUUCUCGUCGCUUUACAUUCGUGUGGUCUUCAUGUGGAUUGUGUGCGGUAAUUAAUCAGUCUUAACUGAGUUUAUUUCGUCUGCUGGAUUUAAAUAUAAAUAUUAACCAAAUGAAGCAGCUUGGAUCAUUUAGUGUCUCCACUGAUGACUCUCUCGGAGCACGUCGGGCUCCGUGAAAAAGCUGUUAGAGUAGCUUGGCUUUUUAGGUUGCAAUAAAAUAAUCCUUCCGGAAAUUGUCUUCAUUUCGAAAAUAAACCGUGGCAUUGCAUCAAAUUCCAGCUAGGUUUCACAUUGAGAGUUUAACACUGAACUGACUCUCGCAUGUGAUUUAUUUCCCAUUUUGAAGUAAAGGUUUUUCUGGUUUUGCACCAUUUUUAUUAGUUUCCAUGUAAUUAAAGUUAAUGCGAUACAGAAAAGCAGAAACUUGUGGUUUGUCUGUGGUAAUGGGAACAGUAAAAAAAAAGGUAACCAUUAAAGGUAUUGUGUAGGAGCGGUUCUGUGGAAGUUAUGAACACUUAAUAUCUCACCUGUUGAACUAUUUGAAUAUCCUCAGUUUGUAGGAAUGGUUUAAUCCUGGCCUUGUUAAUGAGAUAACAGCUAGUUUGAGUACAGCUAGGCCUAAAAUGAAUUAUCGCCAUGAUUGUGAGCACUGGUUCCCUUUUAUAUAGUUGUACACAAGCAGAAAUACAAGUACUGUAUAUUCUUGGUGGAAAUGCUACAGCUAGCUAGCAGUUGGUGCUGUCCAUCUGUCCGCACUAAUAAAUAACCAUGUCAUGCAAGUUUGACUGAAAUGUAAAGGUGUAUGAAGUUAUGAUUGCAUGAAUAAAGACUAGGCUUAUCUAUGA